AUGGCGGGUACAUUUCAACAAUGCGAGAUCAGACACCACACCAACUCCAAGUGUGAUAGACUUGAUCAGCCACGGCCACGUCCUGUGGGCUGUUAUUGCCCAAAGCACCUCGUUUCGGCGGGUGCUACAAUCAUAUAUGUCAAUCGGGAUGGGCCCUGGUGGCGUACCGACCCCAACAACAACAACGGCGGCGGCAAUGACGGCGACAAGGAGGAAGAGGAGGAAGAGGAGAAGGAGAAGAAGGAGAGGAAGGAGGAGAAGAGGAAGAAGAGGAGGAGAUAUACGACGAUGGGUCAGACGAAGUCUAAAACCUGUGAUCAACUAUGA